CCCGGCGUCGCUCGCUGUUUUGGACGCGCAUGUAAACAUGGCAGCGACUGCAAACCGCAAACAGUAAAAACACAUUUUUAUAAUAAUACAACAUGCUGGUAGCCUUUCCAGACGUACACAUGUCUUGUAGUUUUGAGUGACCUGAAAGGAAAGUCUGGCGCAUUAAAUGAGUCCAUUGGCUGUUCUGCGUUCAGUGUCACGAAGCUUAAACGCAGGUCGUCUGUCCAGUCAGAGGAGGUGGACCGGACCAGCUGCGCGGCUUCAUACAGCGGGGUGUGUAACUACCUCAGUCCACUGCUCAGGGGCUGAGCUGGGGAAACUGAGAGGCCUUGAGCGGCCUUUUGAGAGAAGGUUACGUUCAGUGUAUCAGCGGUUUACUGAUGUGCCUGACCACGCAGCAUUCCAGGGGUCUCGCCAUGCAUACAUUGUGGAGGGUUGUGGGAUCUUCAGAGUGGCAUAUGGAGAGGGUGAGCAAGACCUGGUGCAGGUGCUCCGUACUGAUUGGGCAGCUGUGGAUGGGACCAUUCAGAAGGUCCGGCUCUCUCCUACAGAGUCUGUACUGGCAGCUACUGUGAAGAACAAUCACUGUGAGGAGGCCAGAUGUGUGCUGGUUCAAUUAGAGCAGCUUACUAUACCUCAGAAACCCCUGCUCAUCCUGGACAAGGUGUUCAGCUUUGAGUGGGCCACAGAUGAUGUGCUGUUCUACACCACUCAAGAGGGGCUUCAGUGCAGGCAUGUUUUUAGACUCCACCUUACUGACGCUGGAGCCCAAAGCAUGCUGGUAUAUAAGGAAAAAGAUCCUGAGUUCUUUGUGGAGGUCAGUCGCUCCAAAGACCAUAGGAUAGUAACAGUAAACUGCAGCAGUAAGAGCAGCUCUGAGGUCUGGAUGAUUGACAGCAGAUCUCCUCUCUCACAUCCCACACUAGUGCAGCCUCGUCAGCCUGGCCUGCUAUACCAUGUGGAGCAUUCGGACAGCCAGCUUUAUAUUUUGGCCAACACUGGACCAGGCCAUGAAUACCAGCUGCUGAGGACUCCUUUCACCUCUCCAGCCAUGCAGCACUGGGAACCCACGUUCAGCCCUGGUCCUGGAGCGGUCAUUAAAGACAUGGAGAUGUUACAGGACCACUGUGUGUUUACAAUGAGAGAGCCUCUGGGUCAACUCCAGCUCCACACCAUUCCACUAAAAGCACCUAAUCAUGUGACCAUUCUUCAGCUGCCCUCCUGGGCCUGUGCGAUAGAGACUCAGCGGUUUGGUAUGGUGGACAGUGAUGCAUUCAGCUUCCUCCUGUCCUCUCCAGUCCAUCCCCCAGUCCGCUACCACCUUUCUCCCACUCGUAAGCAGCCGCUUUCUCAGGAGGAUGAUCUUCAGCACACUCUCCUGCCUGAGUAUCACACCACACGCCUGCAGGCACCCAGCCAGGAUGGGACCAUGGUGCCUCUGACACUUUUCCACAUGCAGCCAUUACCUGAUAUGCGUGAGGCUCCGAUGCUGGUACAUGUGUAUGGAGCGUAUGGCCUGGAUCUUAACAUGGGCUUCUGCCCUGAAAAGAGACUGCUGUUAGAUGACAACUGGGUUUUGGCCUACUGCCAUGUCAGGGGUGGUGGUGAGUGUGGUUUGGCUUGGCACUCAGCGGGUCGUUUACAGUUCAAGAAGAAAGGAGUAGAGGACCUCAGUGCCUGCAUCCAGACUCUCUUCCAGUCUGGAGUGUCCCGGCCUACACUGACUGCUCUCACUGCACGCAGCGCAGGAGCUGUCCUAGCAGGGGCACUGUGUAACAAACACCCUCAGCUCCUCAGAGCUGUUCUCUUACAGGCACCUUUUCUAGAUGUCCUUGGCACCAUGCAGGACCCAUCCCUGCCUCUAACAAUAGAGGAGAGAGGGGAGUGGGGUGACCCCCUUAUAGACUCCCAGCACAGGGACAACAUCGCCUCAUACUGCCCUUGUCACAAUAUCAGUACUCAGCUCUAUCCAUCCAUGCUGAUCACUGCUUAUUCAGGCGAUAGCAGAGUGCCUCUGUCAGGGGUGAAGAAUUAUGUGGAGAGGCUCAGUAAGGCCGUCCAAACCUACUCCAGCAGCCUCUGUACUAAAGGACACAUCCCAACUAUCUUGCUGGAUCUUCAGCCAGGGGGUGAUCACUUUGGUCCAGAAGACUUUGACCAGUCUCUGAGUGAAAGUGCUCGACAGUUAGCCUUUCUCUACACAAUGCUCGAGCUGGACUACAAAGGAGCCCGACAGAAAACGACAGGACGAAGAAAAAAAAAAAAAACUAUAGAGACCCUCUCAUUGACACCUGUGGAUCCUCUUUUUUCAUAAAGAGCAAGAAUUUAAAUUGAA